UUCAAAAAGUAUCAAGAUUCCUUUCCUCCUUGUACCAAUAUUACUGACACCAGCACAAGAACCGUCGUCCUUACAAACAAACUAAAACAUGUGUGGAGCGUCUUCUCCAGGUUCAUCAAAAGCAUCUGUAAAUUCCGACAUGCCAUGAAGGACAUUCUGACCAGAAGCAAGUUUGAGGGCUACCUCAGACACAACUGGCAAGACUUCUCUCUAAAGUACAUGCCAUCAAUGGGGAGCCGGCAAAUUGAAUCCGUUGACCUGUGCUCGGAGGAGGUAGACUCGUCCCACUUGAAGAGGCGAGUCAUCAACCACAAACUGAUAACAGUCGAGUUCCUUGUCAACGAUCUGUCGUUCUACCUGGAGACAGAGAGUUUCAGGAACAUGGCAGACUCGGGCACUAUGAUGGCGUCCGCGGGCAUGUAUGGGGAGAAUGACAAUGCUCUGCUACACCAGAAAGCAGAGAUGAUCAUCAAGCUCUUUCUCAAGUCAGAGAUCUCUCCCAGACUGAGGGUUAACAUAGCAGAAAGUGCCAGGGAUUCCAUCCAGCAGGCCUUUGCCAUGGGCAAGGUGGACCGAGGGCUCUUCCAUGAAGCCAUCAUGGCUGUCUUCCCUAACCUCAUCUUCUGCUGGAAAAAAUUCUGUAGCCAAAAGGUAAAAAAAGGUGUAGUCGGAGAUAAUUCUACGAAAGAAGACUCCACAGAGCUUCAUGACUACCUCCAUCCCUUCAACUCUGACUGGUACCGGAAGGUACAAACUACCAUGUCCAUGACGGACGAUUACACCACCCUUAGGUUUACUGUGCAUGAUGGUCUCAAUCUGGUCCUCCCUCAAACCAGACUAGAAUUGUGUGCCAGUGUUCUCAGCCCUGCCAAGAGCCCCAUGGCUAGGCGGAGAUCUAUCUCUACGCCUGCCUCCUCCGAAUUUCCACAACUGGAGGUGUCCAACCAACGCAGAAGGUCUAUUGGUCCCUUUCUCAGUCCUCAAACAUCUCUGCCUCAUUCUGACCUUACCCACUCAUCUUCGGGAUCCUUGCUCUCAAAAAUCAAGGAGGACUAGUCUAUCUUUUGAUAAUACAAAUAAACACCAUAUAUUUUCUAUGUAAAAGUUGCAUCAAGUUUAUUUCCUUCAAAUGGAUAGUCAGGACAAGUCAGCACAAACAGCCACACUACAGAUGUGAAUGUGGAAAGCCUUUUUAAACAUGUCUGAUCAUUCACCAGAAGGGGGAACCACUGACCAAUACCGAACACUGCUAUCAGAUCUAUUAUGGCGAUGACAUAGAUUAUUUGCCAUAUAGAUUUUUAGCAUGUUACAAAAAAGUCGCAAAAUUGUUUUGGUAGUAAUGCCUCCCAUUCCAUUAGUAAGAAAAUACAUCAACUUUAGUCAAACGUUUUUGGCCGACUGUGUGUUGUCUCAUCCAGGACAAUAAUUGCUCUACGGAGCUCAGUCCUCUUUGUCUCAGGAGAUCCAGAGGUUUGUCUGAGGCUAAGAUGAGUAGGGACAAAGCAUUAAGAGAGGUUCACUUUCCAUACAGGUCUUUCAUCCAUGACACUCACCCUUCCCCCAACCUCGCCAACUGCACAGACUAGGUCCUCUCCUUCCUCUCAAAAAACCUAUCCCCUCUCUUAUAUCAACCCUCCAUCCACCUCUCUCUACCUCUACCACCUCAACACCCGUUGUCCCGUGUCUCUCACAUAUCAUUGUCUGGCGGUCCUCAGGACCUGUUUAACCCCAGGAUAGGAGUCCACCUUAAAAACGUACAAGGCUUACAAUGUGUCUCUUAGCUUUAAAUGUCCUAUGCAUUAUAUCACUAUGCCAAUGACCCAAAGUCUUCUCCUGUGACAUGUCACCACUAGAGCUGUAAAGCUAAAGGAGUCUUUUGGGAUUCUGCUUCCUUAAACACUUUAUUUGGAUCAUCAAUAACCAAAGACUACAUACAUUAAUUAAUAUGGCAUCAUUAAAUACUAUAAAUUGUACUUCAUUCAGUGCCGUGACUCAGAUCACAAAGUAGAAGAUUUUCAGCAUAACAUUUGUUUUAUAUUGUGGUACACUCAAUAUAAAACAUAUAAUUUGUAUGGUACAUACUCGGAACUGAGUUUACGAUGUGAGUUUUGAAUGAAGACACUGAGAUUGAUUUCCCAUGAUGCUUUGCCCUCCUCUUCUGUCAAUAAUGGAGCCGCUGACGGAGAAAGAGUCUCAGUGCUAUAGGCAUCAUGGGUUAUAUUUAAUCCAGCUUUGCUCUUCUUUGGGAUAAUAACUUUUUUGCUUCAUUCCGGGCCUUGCCUGUCAGCUUGACAUAGCAAUAUCUCCCAACUGCACUGUUUCAUAGUCGGUUUCAUUUAUUUCAAAACACCAUUUCACACCCUGCUGGCUUCCGCUAGGUAUUWUACAGCGUUUGGGGAGAGGGCUGCAGGUUGAAUGGUGACAGAGACGGUGUCUCUUCCUGUGAAAAAGAAGUUAAUGUUGUAAAUGGCAGAUGAUAUCAAGUGUUUUUUUUCUCCCCAUCAUUUCUGGGGUGUUUUCUGUUCGUCUCUUAUAUCCUUGUUGGCUGUCAAGACUUGAUAAAAUAUUUCUUGCCCCUCAUUUUGUCUGCCGUUAUUGUUGGAUUUUAGCAUACACCGUACAUUUUGGUGAUCUCAAAAGCAGUAGAAAACAAUAAACACAAUGUUUGUUUUUGAAUCUCAAGCCUGUGAUAUUUGUUUUAUUUAUUUAUUUUUUAACCACUGAAGCUAAAAUCAGAAGGGCUGAUGUGAUG